AAAAAUGUCAAGCGACUGACUGAAUACAGCCACCAGGUGCUCUCCCGUCCUCACCCCCAGAGCGCGCCAACUGCGCGACCGCCGCCGCCUACGGCAGGUGCCGUGGUCUUUGUCGGGUCCAGCGUCGGCGACGAGCGCCCACAGGUCAAAGGGGCCUGAUUCAUGGCGAAGCAGGCGUACGCCACGAGCAGCCUCGUGGUCGGGUACGCGCUGUGCUCAAGCUUGCUGGCAAUCAUCAACAAGUACGCCAUCACCAAGUUCAGUUACCCUGGGCUCCUGACCGCCCUGCAGUACCUGACCUCGGUGGUUGGGGUGUGGGUGCUCGGGAAGCUCGGUUUCCUCUGCCACGACGCCUUCAACCUCAAGACCGCCAAGAAGUUUGCGCCGGCCGCGGCAGUCUUCUACCUUGCCAUCUUCACCAACACCCACCUUCUCAAGCACGCCAACGUCGACACCUUCAUCGUGUUCAGGUCCCUGACUCCUCUCCUGGUGGCUAUCGCCGACACCACGUUCAGGAAGCAGCCGUGCCCUUCCAAGCUCACGUUCCUGUCCCUUGUGAUCAUUUUGGGAGGCGCGGUUGGCUAUGUGAUGACAGAUUCGGCAUUUACCCUCACUGCGUACUCGUGGGCGCUCGCUUACCUGAUCACCAUAACUACUGAGAUGGUGUACAUCAAGCACAUGGUCACCAACUUGGGGCUCACCACCUGGGGCUUUGUGCUCUACAACAAUCUUCUUUCGCUGCUAAUGGCACCAGUGUUUGGGUUUCUGACAGGGGAGCACUUGUCGGUAUUCAGAGCCAUUGAGUCAAGGGGACAGAGUUGGUUUGAGCUUGAUUCCUUUGUGGCCGUUGCACUGUCCUGUGUCUUUGGUCUGCUCAUCAGCUUCUUUGGUUUUGCUGCAAGGAAAGCAAUCUCUGCCACAGCAUUCACAGUGACAGGUGUGGUCAACAAGUUCCUCACGGUUGCAAUAAAUGUGAUGAUCUGGGACAAGCACGCAAGCACGUUCGGUUUGGUUUGCUUACUCUUCACUCUUGCUGGUGGAGUGCUCUAUCAGCAAUCAGUUGCAACAAAAGGCAAUUCUUCAGCACAGCGAGAGGCAGCAGCUAAGCAAGGAAGAGGUGAUGAUGAUGCUGUCGAGUUGGAUGAGGAGAGCCAAAGGCUGGUUUCAUCUCCAAAGGUUGUCUGAGGUGCAUGAUCACCAAAGAUCCAGUUUUGUUCUUUUUUCUGGAAUAGGCACGCCCACAUAUUGAAGAUUCUUCGUAGUCAUAUACUGAAGGAAAUCCAAGAGGCAGCAUUGUUGUUCUAGGAAAGGCUGCAGUAACUUUACAUGAUACAUAUUUGGUCUAUAAUUGUUUGUCACCAUGCCGUGUUUACUGGUAGGCUAUGCAAUGUUUAAUUACUUUAGAAAUGGCCAACCAAUGCAGUGACCAUCCUAUAUGGUUAUUGGGACCUAUCUGACAUUGUAUUUUUGUAUACCUGAUGAGAUGACUAUCAGAUUACAUACAACCUUUCUGACAUUCUAUGUUUUAGCAGUGCAUUAGCUUCACGGUUCUGGUAUGAUCAGAUUUUCAGUGGCCCAUUUGUUAUCAGAGAGGGCUAAAUAAACUACGCAUUUGUUUGUGUUA